AUGCUUUGGUUGUUGUAUUGGCAAUGGGUUAACAAAUACUAUGCAGAGACUCCUCAUGCUAUAGCCAAUGGUGAACAGGGGAUGAACAUAAACUAUAAGCAGAGGUGGUUUAGGAUUAAUGAGUUCACUAACAAGUUCUGCGGGGCUUAUGCAGCUGCAGAGAGACUAACCAGUAGUGGACACUCUGAGAACGAUGUGCUGAAGAUGGCUCACGACAUCUACUUCUCUGAAUAUAAGACGAAGUUUACAAUGGAGCAUUGCUGGUGUUUGUUAAGGUUUGAGCAGAAAUGGUUAAACCUUAAAGCUAUUAACAACCCUUUAACUUCAGUCAGAACAAAGAGGAAACCAGUUGCUGCAGCUUCACAAUCCGAGUCAGGUUCACAAUCCGAGGCAGCUUCACAAUCCGAGUCAACCCACACUGAGCAAGACUUUGAGAUAAGGCCUCAAGGUAUCAAGGCUGCAAAGGCCAAGAGGAACACUGCUCAGGGGAAGGCUCUAGCUGAGUACAAAAGCAUGUGGGAAGUAAAGAAGGUGGAUAUGGCUGAAAAAGAUAAGCUACAGAAGCUUGGCAUACUAGACACACUUUUUGCCAAACCAGAGCCACUUAGUGAAGCUGAUCAAGUUAUCAAGGAUAAGAUAGUGGCUCAGUAUUUCUGA